GGCGUGAUGUUUGAAGCUCUCCCCUUAUGACGACAGCGGAACCAAGCUUCUAGUUCGUGGUUGUGAUCGCUGGCCUCGAGCUGCACAAGUGUGUACUGAUUCUCCGCUCUCACGUUUUGAUCUCGCGCCCUCGCAAUACGUCUUCGCCGUCACAGGCACCAUGGCGUCUGCAAUGGAUCUGACCGCGCUCGAGAAAGAUCCUCGACUCUUCCUCUACACCUCCCUCACCGCCGGUUCCUCGCAUAUCAUCACGGCCACCUCGCGCAUGGAAACGAUCCUCAAAGCCAACAAGAUCCCAUUCCAAGCUAUCGACAUUGCAACCGAUGAGAAAGCUCGCCGCUUAUGGCAGCGUCGAGCCGGAAAGCGGAAGAUACCAGGAUUGGUAAAAGAGGGAUACGUCGUCGGUGAUCUUACAGAGGUCGAGGAAUGGAACGAAUUCGGCGAGCUGAGAGAGAAUAUUGGCCCUGUGCCUGCUGCCAACUAUAAACCUCCAGCGGGAGGUCUGGUCGGUGUGCAGACUGCUCCACCGCUCAAUCACAAUGUCAGCGUUCCAGAUGCUGCGAGCAGCAAGGCUACGGCGAGCAAGCCAUCGCCUCCGCCGGCAGUGAGUAGGGCACAAGGGAUAGCGUUGCCUGGUGCUGCGGAGAUUGCAGCUCGCAAGGCUAAGUCUACUACACCGCUACAAGCUGUGAAUGUCGAGACACGCGCGGCUGGCACGACAGAGCCCGCACCAGAGGCCGACAAGUCGAAGGAGACUCCGGCCGCUCACCCGGCGAUCGAUCACUUAUCUGCACCUGCCUCACGCAUACAGUCCGGAACAGCGACGCCAGUGGUAAGUGGAGAGAAUAAAGAGCCAGCGGAGCACUCUCCGGCCCAAGAGCCAGCCGAUGCAGCGGCGGCGACAGAGAAGCACCGUGGUAGCGACGUAGUGGAAGCUUCGGUGGAAGAUAUCAAGAAGAUUGAAUCGGAGAACUCGAUCACAGAGAGCAAGGAGGAAGAACAGAAGGAUGAGGACAAUACAGUGCAGGACGCGACCGCCAAAGUUCAGGCUCUGUCGGUCGAGGACAAAUCCACGACUGAGGAGCAGCCAGUGUCUGUAACGGAGACUGCGCCUGAAGAUGAUAAGACUGCAUCGAAGAAGGAGGAGACUGCACCGGAACAAGAGAAGAGCACAGGGGAAACGAGUGCCGAGAGCCAAAAGGAGUCCGAUACGGACAAGCCUGCGACUCAGGAGAAGGCUGCAUAAGAGAAUGCACCUGUCCGAUGGCUGUAGCACAUCCACAUCGUAGUUUCGAUAGCAUGGCGAUUGGUG